CAGAUCAUGCAGCAAAAGAGCCGGUGGAGGAUACAGAUCCAACAGCAAUCUCUAUUACUUUUACUGAAAAAUACCCUGUCCAAGACACAGGAGUACCUAAAGAUGAGGAAUACGUAACAGAUCAAGUUACAUUGGAAAUUGCAUCUGUGAACAUCAAGACCCUUACGUCAGAUUCUGGCCUAAUCCAACAGCCAGAAGACAAAGACACACAAAACCAUAGUGAUGAAUCACUUUCAGAUCUGAAGAAAACCUGCAAGGAAAAUGGCACCUGCUCCUUGUGCUUAUUCCGUGCACCGACCAUCAGUGACAUGCUCAAUGAUGAGGACUUGUUGUACGCAGUGAGGCUAAAGCUGGAUCCCUGCCACCCAACGGUGAAAAACUGGAGAAAUUUAGCCAGCAAGUGGGGGAUGACUUAUGAUGAAUUGUGUUUCCUUGAACAGAAGCCCCAAAGUCCCACCUUGGAGUUCUUGCUACGGAAUAGCGACCGAACUGUGGAGCAGCUGAUUGAUCUCUGUAAAUUUUAUAAGAGAAUUGAUGUUGUGAAAGUGCUGCUGAAAUGGGUGGAGGAGGAAUGGCCCAAGAGAGGGAACAGAACUUACCAGAAUGACUUCUAG